UGAGUGAGUGUGUGUGGCAGUGUGUGUGUGUGUGUGUGUGUGUGUGUGGUGGAUGGUGAAUCUUCAACACAAUACUGCAAGUGAAAUGAAGGAUCAGCUUUCUGGAUGAGCUGGAAACUAAAUGAUAUUAGAGAUUUUUUUUUUUUGUCAUUUUUGUUAAAGAGCGAGAUGAGAGAGCACGUGCUCCUCCAUCAGCUCAAACUUCCCCGUCCUUAGCUGAUGGAGUUACUUUGGGCUCGAGGCUUCAUGUUACAGAGACUAUUCCUACCCGGGGCGGCUGUUGGUCCGUCCUGAGGGGAGAAACGAGCCAAGAAACCCGGACAGAGGAGCCGCAGAGCCGGAGGCAGAGACAGAGAGCCGCGCUUUGUUCUCCUCCUCCUCCUCUUCCUCCUCCUCCUCCUCCUCGUGCUGCAGCCGCGCGCACACACGGCCACAUUGUGUUCGGAAGGCAGCGGACUGUGUGGACGCGCCUCCGCUGACUCUGCCCGUUCUGUCCCGGUCUCUCCAGUCUUCUUCCUGCCCUGCUGCUGCGACAUGGCCUCGGUGGCCCGCGGCGCGCCCCUGUCCGCGCGCGCGGACCGCGGGAACUUCAGCGCACUUGUUGAGGAGCGCCGCUUCCAGGAGCUCGUGCAGAGGAGCCGCAGCCUGGCGCACAAGAUCCUGCAGGCGAUCCCCGACACGCACAAGUCCUGCGUCUACACCGAGACCCUGAAGCUCAACUCCUCUGAGAAUGCCAAGCUGGGAAGAAUGGCGGCCACCAUCCGCCUCCCCGACGCUCCCGUCCUCAAAGUCGCGUCGGAAAACGUCACGGUGGAGCAGAGUCUGAAGCAGAUGCACGAGGGUCUGCAGCUGCAGGAGGCGUCCCUCGGCUCCGUCGCCCCUCGCCUGGAGCACAAGGAGAAAGUCAUGGAGCUGCAGGCCGACGUCCGAGACCUGGCCGUUCAGAUCAGCAUGAUGCUGGACCUGCUCCAGGCGGACUCGAGCUCGCCGCCCAGCGUCGCCCUGCACCUCCCGGGGGAGUACGAGGUCCAGGUGGCCGCUCACCUGACCCUGGCGCGGCUGCAGGACUUCGGCCGGGACGUCGUCCGCUGCCUCCGGAUUCUGGACCGGAGCGGCGAGGACGGCGCCGACAGCUGACACCGGGACGCCGCCUCGGUUUUGGGCUUCUGUCUAAAAUGCCACUCAUUUUGCCAUUUUCUAAUAUGGUAUUUAUUUAUUGAUCUCUUAAGAGUAUUUAUUUUUUAUCUAUUACUAUUUAUAUAUCUAUUUAUAGACUUGUUAUAUUUAUUUAGGGAAUUUAUUUUUGAUAACAGUGCAUUAACUCAGCUUAGUGUGUUGGUAUUUUUGUAUGAAUUGUAAUUUAAAACCUGCUGUAAAUGUUUAUUUGAUAAUCUUUUA